CCGUUGGUGUGUGCUUUCGUGUUGUCAGGCAGAAAGACAAACAUCAGACAACCCGGGGCGGCGUGGGACCUGCUCGGAUAACCACAUUUCCCCCCCCACCCCGCCAGUCGGUCUUUUGUAUUUGUAAUAUUAUUAUUUACAUUUAUUCGUUUACGUAGCAAUGUCGCUUGGGUGCGAGUCUGGCUUUUCGAGCGAGGAGGUGUUAAACAGCCGCUUCCCUCUCCAUCGGGCGUGCAGGGAUGGAGAUGUCGGCGCCUUGUGCUCCUUCCUUCAGACCACCGCCAACCCGGCCGACCUCACCGUGGAGGACACCUUUUACGGCUGGACGCCUAUACACUGGGCAGCUCAUUUCGGAAAGCUGGAGUGCGUGAUGCAUCUGGUACAAGUGGGCUGCGGCGUCAACGUUGUGACCUCCAAGUUUGCCCAGACGCCCACUCACAUUUCAGCAUUUGGAGGACAUCCCCAGUGCUUGUUAUGGCUCCUACAAGCCGGCGCAGACAUUAAUAGACAGGACUAUGUGGGCGAGACGCCCAUCCACAAGGCUGCACGUGCGGGCAGUCUGGAGUGCAUCAACGCUCUCUUGGUGCAGGGAGCAAAAGCUGAUGUGAGGAAUGCCAGCGGGCUGACCGCCGCCGACCUGGCCCACGCGCAGGGCUUCCAGGAGUGCGCCGAGCUUCUCUCCAAUGCCCAGAACUUCCAACAAAACAUGGCUCAGUUCCAUAACGGAGACUUUCUCAAUGGCACCAGCCAGAAUGGGGGGCACACUCAGCCCACUACCCGGGGCCGUAGCCUCUUCAAGGGCAUACCCAACAGAAAGAGGUCAUUCGAUGACCAGGAAGUCAACCCAGUGAAGAAGGCGAGACCUCACGGUCUGGGCAUGCUGCUUGAAUUGCAGAACGGUAACGGGCCAGUUGCUGGUGCUGGAGAGUCCCCAAUGGAAAGCAUGGAGUUGGAGUCUUCUGUGAGCACAGGUGGGCCAGGACCCUUUGCAUUGGGGCCGAAUGGGGUGGCGCCGGCGAACGGGCUGGGGCCCAUGGAUCAGUGGGAGGACCAGGGGGGACAGGCCAUGUCCAGCUCAGCAACUAAAGAGCUGGAGGUCUUCAAUGUGGCGUCCAUGCAGACGCCUUGUCGCUGCACCAACUCUUACGCUUAUUUGUAGAGAUGCUGUGAGUGUGUGUGUGUGUGUGGUGGCACACUCAAAAACUGUAUUUCACAUUGGUGUUGUGUAUACAUUUUGCUAUUGUCAAGCUAUGAUUUAAUUGUUGGCGACUUAUAUGCAAAAAGACAAAUGUUAAAAAAAAAAGGCUGUAGCAGUGUGUGUAAGCUUUUCUACUCUCCUAUGUACCUGAUUCCACUCAAAAUUAUAUUUAAGGCCUUUGUCCAGUUAUACUAAUAGGUUUAUUGUAAAAAAAUAAAUAAAAUAAUAAUAUUUUAUAGGCCAUUUCCAGAUAACAGAAUUAUUUGUAUUUCCCUGUCUAGUUGGUUGAACAGUGUAAACGGAGUGCUGUUCUUGGUUAUUAGUUUUAAUUAAAAUUUGUUGUAUGCUUUUGCUUGUUGUGGCUAAAGCUAAAUGUGUUGGGAAAUGUGCAGUGUUCAUUUUCAAUGUUUAAGGGAAACGUCAUUUUUUAUUAAUAUCCAUGAGAUGUAAUCUAAAUUGGGUCAUAUCAUGCCCCCCCCCCUUUCUUUCUUUCUUUCUUUCUUUCUCUCCCCUCCCUUUGCUGAAUCUGCUGUAGAACAUUUCUUGUCGAUUUGUCUUUGAUGAAGACCUGAGAGCACUGAGGUAUUAACUGCCCCUAGUUGAUGUAGUUAAGUCAUUCAACCUGCCUCAGGCCAAAGCAAAUCCCAACACGAAUGUAGCUCAUAGUGGUAUAAAUCAUUCACAGCGCAGCUUUUCUACCGACUUUUACAGCUUGUAAAUGUACCAAAUUAAGACUUAGUACAGUGGUACCUCAAAGGUCGAUGACAAUCUAUCCAUGAUGCUGGUUGAACUUCCUUUCCCCAUUAAAAUGUAUUGUAUUUCAAACUAAUUUGUUCCAGAGUCCAAACUGUUGCCACCAUAAAACCUUGAGUACUGUACAGGCAAUGUUUUAAGUAACAUUUUAACAUCAUUGAUUGUCCUAUAAGUAUAAACAAGUGACAAGUAUGUGGCAGCUAACCAGUUAGAAACUACAACGAGAAGCUAACAUAGCAGUCUACAUCUUCACUUUCCCCCCCCCUGAAUAGCACAAAUGGAUAGAUUCAAUUACACAACACCAGGUCGAGAAUUUCCAACUCAAAAUCCGUUGCUCCCAAAAUGUUUGCCAGUAACCUCUCCCACUAAAACGCUUAUGAAAUACACAGGAAUGGGAAUUAUUAAAAACAAGAAGUAGAAACUCCUAAACAUGGCUUAACAAACGCAACACUUCUGCAUCCAAUCCACAUGACUACAACCAUCACUUCAGAUGUCAUGGCACCAGGUUAAUCUUUCGAUGCUAGCUAAAAUGAGGUCUAAUGUGUAGUGGUCUAGUCUAAUGUUGGUCAAACUCUCAAAUUUCUAGGCCCUUUUUGACAUUCGUCUUAGGAGUUACCACUGUACUACAUUUACUUUUUUAGAAUGCUGUUGCUCAAGUAUGAUGAAUGUUCAUUCUGUUAGCAGUGUUGCAUAUUACAAAUUCUAUAAUAAUGUUCAUUUAAAAAAAAAAAAACGGUGAAGGAAAUUUUAUAAUCUGUUAGUUAGCUGCCUAAAAAAGUUUGCAUUGGAUUGUACAGUUUGCAAAAAAAAAAAAAAAAAAGCCUUAUUACUU